AUGGCACCUCUAGUUGAUCUCGUCCUCGUAUUCCGCUCGUCUUCUGGCAAAGUCCUCUCGAGACCUCAGGCGCGCGAAAACGCGCGUCAAGCAGAGCGACAAUACACCGAGCUGCUGGAUGCAUUGACGAAAGGUGGUCUUCGCGGUGUCGGAAAGCGUGGAGAGAACGACGGACAAUUGCUGGUACUCGUCUCCUGCCCACAAGACACGCUCGUGCGACUGGCCCAUCGCGAACGACAUUCGGAUUUUGUAUGUGGUCUGCCGACCGCCAAUCCUACCGCGACUCUGGACCUAGACGUAUCCCCCCUUUCUCCUGCAGAUCGGCUGCGACUUGUCCACACCUAUGUCACGUCCACUAUCUCCGAUGGUGGUCUCGGAAUCGCUCCUGGCUCAGCGGACUGGGACCGUGUGGAGUCUAUCAUGAUGUUGCACGACUAUGCAUUCAACGACGAAUGGAUUCGUUCGUGGACGAGGCGUGAGCUUGGCUUUGUGACAUUCGACAAGAUUAGACAUCAGUUCGGCGAGGCUAUUGCCCUCUACUUCGCCUUCCUCUCGUACUACACAAAGUACCUCAUCGCCAUUUCACUAGUAGGCGGCUACUUCUACUUCUUCGGCGAACCAUACAACGCGGUUUACUCGUGCAUCUUACUGCUAUGGUCCAUCGCGUUUGUCGAAUCGUGGCGGAUCCGUCAACGCAUCUUGUCAGUGCGCUGGGGAACAAGGGGUUCGUUCCGUGUUGAGAAGCGGCGCCCACAAUAUGUGCCAUUAGCGUGGUGGAAGAAAGACCUUCGGAUGAUUGCCAAUCUACCAGUGCUCAUGCUGUUCGCCGCUGUGCUUGCGGCUUUGCUAACAAGCAUGUUCGUCUUCGAAGCGUUUGUAACUGAGCUGUACACAGGACCUGGGCACCGGUUUGUGUCUUUCGCACCCACGAUUAUAGUCUCGGUGGUCCUCCCCCGUUUCCUCAAGAUCUACCAUGGCUCCGCGGUGUCCCUCACGAAUUGGGAGAACCAUGCGCACCAGUCCACUUAUGACACAUCGCUUACGCUCAAGACUUUCUCGCUGGCUGCCCUUGCAGAUUACGUGGGUCUCGCACUAUCUGCCUUCGUGUACGUGCCCUUCGGCGAGGAGGUCAUGGCUGUUGUGCAAAACUUCAUUGAGCGCGACGCUUCGCGCCACAUCUCCGUCGCGUCGGCAUUCUACUCGCGCUUUUCGCCUGUGAAGUCUGUGGCCACCGCACAGGCCGCCGCCGGCGCGGCGAAGUACACCGUGGGCAUGUGGGAGCAGGACGUGGUGAGUGCGCGCAAGAAGCUGAGCCCGACGCGACUGCAGGACCAGAUGUUCGCGUCGACGGUGACGAACCAGGUCGUGAACGCGUUCAUGGAAGUCGGCCUCCCGUACGUCCUCCGCGGCCUCGACUCGCUGCGGCGCGGGCGCGGGCUCGGGCUGUCGGGCCAUGGCGCGCCGCCGGCGAGUGGGAAGAAGAAGCGCGUGUCGUUCGAGGAUCAGCCGGAGGGCUCGGAGCCGGAGAAGCCGGCAGAUGGGCGGGAAGAGAGGGUGUUCAUGGAGGAGGUCUGGCGGCAGGUGGACCUCCCGGACUACGAGCUGUUCCAGGACUACAGCGAGAUGGUCACGCAAUUCGGGUACGUUGCGCUGUGGUCCACGAUCUGGCCGCUUGCCCCAGUGAUGGCGCUCACGAACAACUGGUUCGAGCUGCGCUCUGACGCGUUCAAGAUCGCGCACCACGUGCGGCGGCCCAUCCCUGCGCGCACCGACACCAUCGGGCCCUGGCUCGACUCGCUCUCCUUCCUCGCCUGGCUCGCCGCGCUGACCAACUCCGCCCUUGUGUACCUCUUCCGCCCGAGCGACCACUGCAAGCCGCUCGCCACCACGCUGGAGCGCAAGCACCUGCACACCGCCCAGGGCGGCGCGGAUGCGCGCCAGCUGCUCUUCACCGCCCUGCUCGUCGCGCUCGCGGCGUCGCACGGGUACAUCAUCGCGCGAGUGAUCGUGCGUCAUGUGCUCGAGCGGCUGUUGUGGCGCGGGAGCGUCGAGGAGCGGGAGGCGGAGCACGUCGAGACGGUGGUCAAGGAGGAGUACCUGAGGAGUCUCGGCGUCGCGGACGUGGCCAGCGGUAAGGCAGCAAGGAGAGAAGCCACUCCCGACGAUGUUGCCGACGAUGUUGCGGAGUCCGAGUCGUUCUGGCUAUAUGACGAGGGGCUAGACGAGCUUCUGAGAGGAACAAAGGAACAAUGAGGGCUCUGGUAUGUUUCGUUUUUGUACUUGCUAUUGCGUUACUGCGCCUUGAACUACUGCAAAUUAUAAUGAUCAAAA